GGGCAAAAGAGGGAAGCACUGCGCCGGUGCUGUGGCUGGACGGUUGCCCGCAAGCUGCACCAAUAAGAGUGAGGCAGGCAGCGAAAAGCAGAGCGAGUAGCCUCAGUGCGGGCCCCUAUGGGGCUGCUACAGCAACUGGCAAAGGCCGGAGAGCAUUGCGUGAAGGAACGAGGGACUGCUCACCAAUAUCGAGUGGUUCUGUUUGUUUGUUGCAUUUUCGAAGCUACUUAACACGCUUUCGUAGAGUUUUACUUCUUGCAUUCCCAUCGAAGCGGUGGAGGGCGGUGACGGUUUUUCUUGCGAUUUUGUCUAACUCGUCCGUAGUUAUUGAUGAAAGGUGAUAGCAGCUCCUUAUGUUUUUGCACCCUUGCUGAAUUUCAUAUUCUUAUUUUUGUUGUGACGUCGACCCCGACCUAUUCUAUUACUUUUCAUUGCGUCCGAGUUGCGAAUUGCAAGCAAUGCGUGUCUUCUGCGUAGUCUUUUCAAUUGCGAACGUUCUUUUCUCUUGCGAGGGCUCGUUUUUUUGAAAAAGCAACGUCAACUUACGGUAUGUAAAGACUUGAUACAACUAGUAUUGCGAAAAACUGCUGCAAAGCGUGUUAGGAGCGAAGGUGUGUAGUUGAUAUUCUAUGGCCCGCCAAAGUGCGACAAUUUUGGGGUAAAACAUAAGGACAAGGCAAAUGCUUGAGCUAGUGCUCCUUCUGCUGGGUACUGAUUCUUUUACGCGGGUGCGCAAAUUUGUUGUAGUACGCCAUUAAUACCCCAAGAAGAAACUGGGGCGGACGCGUUGUGAGCGGUCGGUACCGCGCGUUUGCAGCGAAAACAGUCCCAGCUGAGCAGUGGGGGCAGGCCAUACAUUUGCAGGCCUCGGCAGGACGAUGGCAUUGAAACUUGAGCGGUUUUUUCCAAUAAGUAACAGAUUCAGAUACAUAAUUAAGUACGUGUACGUAAAACUAAAAGCCUAAUUAGGAUCUACUUAUCCAGGUAUUUUAUGACUAGAGCGUCGAAUUCACCGUCGUGUACCUAUUCUAAAGUUAAUUUCAGCAAUCUUGAAAGAAGAGCGUGGGGCGCAUUUGUUACGGCAGGUUUGUUUAUUGCGCUUGCUCAUCCGGCUAGGUUUUUCUCUCUUGAACUGACAAUGAGACACGGCAAGUCGCUUAUCGCUCACAUGCUAGCGCUGAUACGUAUGGCACAACUAUAAGAUAGAUUUUUGGUUUCGGUCAAUGCUUACAUCAAGCAGUUCUUGGAUUGGAAUCAUUAAGCAUCGUGAACAAAUUCUUGUAUGCUAACUUACAGUUGGAUGGGAUUCUACCCCGCUGCAUAGCCAGCGGGAGCAUCGGCAUAAAUGUCAGCAAUCAUGAUCUAUGCAUUGGCAUCAGCCGGCGCGCAACUCAAGCCGAAAGGUCACGCCUGGGGUCCGAAAGCCUGAAAGCCUACACGAGUGUCUAAACGGUGUGCCGUUCUG